AUGCCCGGCGUCCUCCCUCCCGCUCUGGUGCUCGUCACGGGCGCAUCUGGGUUCUUGGCUGCUCAUGUUUGUCAGGUGUUACUCGAGAGGGGGUAUAAGGUCCGAGGCACCGUCCGCACAGAAGAAAAAGCCCACUACCUCCUCUCCCUCUUCUCUUCCCCCAACUUCAGCUACAUCCUCGUCCCCGACAUCCAAGCCCCCACAGCGUUCGACCAAGCCGUAAAAGGCGUAGACGCUGUCUUGCAUACUGCUUCGCCUUUUCAUAGUAGGGCUGUUGAGCCGGAGGAGGUUAUUGGACCUGCGGUGGAGGGGACUAGGGGGGUGCUGGAGAGUGUGCAGAAGAUCAACCCGAGUAUCAAGAGGAUCGUCAUCACUUCCUCUAUCGCCUCUAUCCGUAUGCCCUGCACCCCCGGCACAGUCUUCACCGAAUCGACAUGGAACACCCACAGCCCGGAUGUCGUCGCUCGGGAAGGGGUGAACGCGCCCGGGAUAGACAAGUACCGGACGAGCAAGGUGUUUGCCGAGAAGGUUGCGUGGGAAUUCGUGCAGACGGAAAAACCGAGUUGGGACUUGGUGACCAUCUGCCCGCCGAUGAUCUUUGGGCCGUUGAUUCACGGUGUUAGCGCGGUGGAGAACUUGAAUACCUCAACUGCUGCGCUGCGAGACGGGUUCACCGCGGAAGGAGCAAAGACAGGGACCGAAGCGGGGAAGCAGGCCGGUACGUGGGUAGACGUGCGAGACGUCGCGCUCGUGCAUGUCGAGGCUCUCGCACAGGACCGUGCUGGUGGACAGAGGUACAUCAGCGCUGCUGGGCCCUAUAGCUGGCAGAUGCUGUACGACAGUGUCCAUGCGCUUGGGAAGGUCGAGGGCUUGGAUAUGGAGAAAGUGCCUAGGGGAACACCGGGCUCGGAUAGGGAGACGGUGUAUGAUGUGUAUUCUAGUAAGAAGGCGGAGGAGGAGCUGGGAGUUAGGUUUAGAUCCAUGGGAGAGUCGAUGAAGGAUACGUUGUUGAGCUUGAGGGAGUAUGGAUUUCAUUGAGAGUACGCAAGAUUUCACAGUCUCCCUUGAAGACGCAGGAUCUAGACCUUCGUCAACUCAAGCAUGGGCUUUCGUCGCCUCAAUCAGGGCCGCGCCUGCCAGUCUUCCGGUACAGCCUGCACCGGAAACAUAGAGGCCAGGAGGCUGGGAUGUCCUCACUUUGCAGACACCAGGCGGUGAGGAGAGGAUCAUAAACCAGACAGGACAGGCCGACGUCCCCGA